AUGGUUUCUGUUUCGAAUUUAGUCAACUCUGGAUUGUUAUUGGUAAGUCCCAAUAUCUAUGCCGAUGUUGCUACUCCUGAACAAGCCUCUGUUCAAAAGUACAACAUCUUGAACUUCUUAGGUGGCUCGGCUCCAUACAUCGCUAAUGAGGGUUACGGAAUUGAUACCGCUAUACCCAAUGGCUGCAAAUUAGAGCAAGUGCAAUUGUUCUCAAGACACGGUGAAAGAUACCCAUCGAAAGGUCUUGGUAAACAGCUCGAGGCAAUCUACUCCAAGUUCCAAAACUAUAAUGGUACUUUCAAGGGAGAUUUGUCAUUCUUGAAUGAUUAUGUUUACUUUGUUCAUGACAAAAAGUACUAUGAAAAAGAGACUACUCCUCAGAAUUCCGAGGGUACAUUUGCGGGAACAACCGAUGCUUUGAGACAUGGUGCCACUUUCAGAGCCAAGUAUGGUUCAUUGUAUAAGGAAAAUUCAACUUUGCCUGUUUUUUCAUCCAAUUCCAGAAGAUGUUAUGAAACAUCGAGAUACUUUGCUAGAGGAUUUUUGGGUGACAAUUUUUAUGAAAACAAAACUGUCAAGUUUAACAUUCUUGACGAAGAUGAGUCAAGCGGUGCCAACACUUUGACGCCAAUCAACUCCUGUUCGAAUUAUAAUUAUUCAGCUUCCGAUUUAGAUCCAUCUGACUACAAUACCAGCUACUUGGAGCCUAUCGUGGAAAGAUUGACUAAACCAAAUCCCGGUUUGAACUUAACGACAAAAGAUGUUCAACACCUCUUUUCCUGGUGUGCUUUCGAACUCAAUGUUAACGGUAGCUCUCCAUUCUGCAAUUUGUUCACCAAUGAGGAAUAUAUUAGAUCAUCUUACGCAACCGACUUGGGCUACUACUAUUCGUACGGGCCAGGAAACUACUUAUCUGCAACUGUUGGUUCAACUUUACUAGAUGCAUCAUUAAGAUUGUUGAAGGACACUUCUUCAGAAAACAAAAUUUGGUUAUCAUUUGCACACGAUACAGAUUUAGAAAUCUUCCUUAGUGCAGUAGGAUUGUUUAAGCCAGAUGGUGAUCUUCCUGUUGAUUAUAUUCCUUUCCCAAAUCCAUAUGUUCACUCAUCAAUUGUUCCUCAAGGUGCCAGAAUUUACACUGAGAAGUUCUCAUGUUCUGGUGAAUCAUACGUUAGAUAUUUGGUAAACGAUGCCGUAAUUCCAAUUCAAUCCUGUGCAACAGGUCCCGGAUUUUCUUGUAAAUUAGAUGACUUUGAAGAGUAUGUCAACGGCAAUAUUGGUGAUCUGAACUUUAUUGAUGAUUGUGGCAUUGAACCAUCUGUUCCACAAAACCUUACCUUCUACUGGGACUACAAGAAUACCACCUACAAUGCUCCACUUGGUGACUUUUAA